AGCCACUUGCCGUUUUCAUCAUGGUGAUUGUAGACGAUACAUAACCGAUCGUCGGGGCUAACUCUCAAAUACAGUAACAGCUCUUUUAAUUUCGCUUGUAGCUAGGAGCUUUUCGAAAAAGAAUGAAAACACGGCAGAUCGAAUCGGACAACAUGGAGGACUCCCUGGAAAGCAACCCGCUAGAAGAAUCGGACGACUUCUUCGAAGACGUCGACGACACUUCGGACCUCCCGAUGUCGCUCAUCGUCACCAAUGUGGACAUCUCUGUCUACACAGAUUCCGAACAACGAACGCAGUUUGAAGAGCUGUUCCGGCGCUUCGACGGCGCUGCCAGCUUCCACUACCUGAAGAGCUUCCGGAGGGUCCGGGUAAUCUUCGAGAACCCCGACGCAGCCGCACAGGCGCGCAUCCAGUGCCAUCAGAUGAAGUUAGGGGAGAGCGUGCUCAACUGCUACUUCGCUCAGGCAUCUUCGCCGGAAGGAGAGGGGAAAGAUGGGGCCCACCUGCAGCCGCCUCUGCCGCAGCGCCAGUUCCUCAUCUCGCCACCGGCGUCACCGCCGGUCGGCUGGGCACCUUCCGAGGAGGCCCAACCCUGCAUUAGCUACGACAUCAUCUCGGCCCUGGCCAGCCUCACCCCGGGAGAGACGCACGAGCUGCACCCAGCCACUGGGUCCCAGCCAGGCAUCGUGGUGCACGUGUGCGAAGAGACGUCGCCCUCCAAGGGAAAGCCCAAGGUGUUGCACACGCGGCGCCCCGACCACCCAGGCAACGGCAACGACUCCCCGCCCUCCGCCGCGGCGGAAUCCUAGGUGGGCCUCUUCUGCGACUGUCUUCUGAUUUCUCGUCGGUCCAGGGAGGAACCCCGGCGGCUCAACGACUACCGUCGUCGAUGGCCGCCGCCUCGAGUUUAUCGGCGGCGUUCAAAAGAAACGCGCCGGCGAGGAUUUGUAAUUGGGCCGGACACGUGUAGGGAGGGACGCUGUGGUGCAACCCCUGGAAGUGUGCGAGAUACGUUUGAUGGGCGAUCGGUUUCUUCGUCGGCAAGUAUCCCCGUCAAAGUGCGGCAAUGCCCGCUCGCGAAUUUGAUUUCUCUCUACGUUUGCCGUAGCAUUUGUUGUAAGAGAGGCCGUCUCGAUGGGGCUGCCGUCAGGUGGCAUGGACGCAGGAGACAGAAGCGUUGCUCUCUUUUUUAUACGGCCGUAAUGCAAUUGGGGAGACGUCCGCGAUGCUCGGAAUGCCACUUCGGGCGCUCCGGUGACGUUUCGUUUCAUGAAGGCGGUUGUCAGGGGGUCCUGAACGGAUGUCGGUUUGCGUUUAUUUCCGGUCCUACGAGAGUCGUAGAUCCGGCUGCCCUAGGCAUUCCGAUAGUUCCGGCUCGUUUCUUACGUUUGCCGUCUCGAGUGGGCACGAGCUAGGCUCUCCGUCUGUCCUUUCUUGAAAGGCCGUGCCUGGGGCUGUGAAUUAUCUUCUUUGGGUGGCUCUAGGUUUCAGGAUGGAUGAUUGGUGUCCUCGAGAGUGUUUGACUGUUCUUUGUAUGUGCGAAGAGAGGUGGGUUAUUUGUGCAACUUUACCUAAUUACGCUUGACAAUGGGGACCACCGGGAUUAUGCCCGGUGCUUCCUAAUGUCAGGAGCAAUUGUCCUAUGAUGCCGGCUACCGGUAAUUGCUAGUUGCUAGAAAUGUUAGUCAGAUGCUAGGAACCGAUCGGUCAUCAAAUGCACUGCAUGCAUUUGUCAAGCUGACCCUAUGCUAGGGAAGGACUAGGCAUAAGUAAGAAUGGUAAAAUCGGUGUUGUAUUGAAGUUUGACAUGUUUGCGAGUUAGUCAGGAUGGUUAGGGUACACGCUUUAACUUUGGGUGUCUAAGUUUUUUCUAUAUUCAGUUUUUGCUGCGAGUUUUGUUAGUUGUAAUUAUAGUGCAGCAGCCUGAACGAAGGAGUUUUUCCUUGUUAGACAUAUGUACACUUGCAAAGAAAAGCAUGAGAUGAAUUUGAUCGUCAGCUGAAUGUAAGAGGAGUGUUUCCAAACCCUUUUGGAUCGGCAUAUUUUGAGACUAUUUUUUGUUAGAGACAGUUGAGGUGGUCGGUGAAAUUAAAGUGAAACUUGCCUUCCAAAGUUUCAACAUUCUGUCUCGCCUACACCCCUUAUGAUGUUGUACCAUUGCACAGUAAUGUGGUCCUGGCAUGUGCACUUAUCUUGAGUCUUGUCAUUUCUCUUUGCCAAUUGUUUUAACCCAUUCUCGUUCAGCUGCCUCUAUGUACAUCCUGGGUCAGGUUUCUUGGAGAAUACAGGCAGCAGUAAACCGAUCUCACCAGCCAGUUUGGCUACGCCACCGCUGCCACAAUGCAUAGAGGGAACUUUAGUCUUUCUGCAUGUGCGACAACCCCACUGGAGCUCUGCGCGUGUGGAGCACGAGGCAACACGAGGCCUCAUAUGCACGGCUGUCUUCCUCUUGUGAACUAAAGUUAUGGCGGCGACACGCAUGCGCCGAACGCCUAGUGAGAUCGGUCAAUUGAAUUUCGCCAGAACUUGCUUGUACCAAGUAUCGCUGACUUUCUGGUGUCUCGACAGUGUCGCUUUAUUCUGCUUUUGGUCAUUUGUAGGCCUACUUUUGAGGAGAUUAUUUUUGAUGGUAGAUGUUUCUGCACAAAGCCCCAUAAUUAUGACUCUCAAAUGUGGCAUUUCAUAACUUUCAUACUGGUGCCACUAAAAUGCAGUCUUGCAUUAGCACCUUUUUGGUUAUUAUUAAGAAUAGUAUCAUAUUUUCCAGACUAUAGUCCGGAGACUAUACGUGCCUAAAAGUUGAAAUUUUACUCGAUGCCGACUAUCUAGAGGUGCAGACUAUACAAGGAUUUCUUUUUUCUAGAUUGUUUAUUGUGGCAAGACGUGAAGGAAUUAAUGAAUAACAAAGUAUAUAUUAAUGCUGAUUUAUGUAUGAUACAAGCUUCUUUGUGAGCUAAAACAGCAGGCAUUUGUCAAGGUAUGCUGUGUGUGAUAAUUUUUAAGUUUGGACUAGGCACUAAGUGCAGACCAUUUAAGCAAAAACUUUUAAUUUUUAUCUCAAAUUCGCCCCUGCGCACUGUAGUUAAAAAAAAUAUGGUACUGUAUAUUUAUUUUUUUGCUUGAUUGCAAGAUUUUUGUUGUUCUACACAUGCCAGACCCCCAGCGAUUUGCAUGCUUUCAGAGUGAUCCUUCUCUCUUGCUCGUAACACGCUGCGAUUCGCGUUCGUUCUUGGCAACACUCGAACACCUUUUCGGCACAUUCAAGUUUUGCACGUUUUCUUUUACACCUGUGCAACUUGCUCUGUUCGGUGUUUGGAUUGAAGUGUGUCACUACAUUUUGUACGCUCGAAACUCUUUAAGGGUUCUUUACAACUUUGUUGGCCAAUUAUUUUGGAAUGCGUGCCAGAAACUGGGCGGGUGGGUAUUUAUUGCUGUGCCAGGCUUUGCUGUAAGCCGGCCAUGCACGGUGCCUGUUACCGUAUUUUGUUGCGUCUGCUAGUUUUCUUGCGACGUAGGGCGGCUGAAAUUUGGGAGAUCAUGCGGGCCGUCUGCCAUGUUGUUUGGUUCUUGCAGCAAGGGCCGCUCUUGCCGCACCUGUUGUCUCCCUGCAACCACCAAGUUCUCCCUAUCAGAUGUCCACUUGUAGCUUUAACCUUCCGGUGUGUGUACAAGUGUAGAAACUUGUUUUGUAAAUGAUCUUGCGGUGGUGGAAAUAUAUUUUUUUUCCCCUUUUUAUGUCAUCUAGAUUACUGUUGAGUGACCUGUUACAUCUACUAAAUUCAUUUGUGUCAGAUCUGAGUAGCGCUCCAGUUGUUUAUUGGUGCUCAGUGUUUGAAUCUCUAGUCGGUGACAGGUUAAGGGGUCGGGAAAAGCUCCCUUCGACUCUUGACUUUAGCAGAGCAAACGCUGGAGAGGAUGCGACGUCCUCUCCAACGUUCGCUCUGCUAAAUUGGGAAGAGUUGGGAGGAGUUUCCCUAAACUCAACCUGUCACCAACUAUAGCAGUGCAUUGCCCUGAAGAUAGGCCGACCCACGAUCGGCCGACCAGUUACGACGGCUGUCGUGUGCAUUGCUACCUAAAGUCACAGACGUGAUGGCGUAAGCUUGGGAAGCAGCUGUCGCAGAGUAUUAUUAGUACAUAGUCAUAGUAGCGUUAGCAAUGUUUUUUUGUAUGUUCUUUUUGUAUUGGCAUAAGUGAGUAGCUGUGCUUGCAGGAAACCAGAGAUUUCUCAUUGUGACUUACAGUUAUCUCAUUUAAUUGCUCUUUGCCCGUCCCCACUUUUGAUUUUGCAUUGAGCACGUGCAGAGUACUCAAAAUUGGUUGCACCGAACAAAGCGUUGCCUUUUCCCCCCACAAAUACGGGAUUUGUUUUUCAUAUUGUAGGCAUGCUUUGUUGAGGUGCUUAAAUGUUGCGCUGUUUUGGAAAUUUUUGGGUGCCCCUGCCAUUGAAAUAGAGCCUGUUUAUUUAUCCUUAUAUUUAUUUACACCUACGCUUACUUGUACUUGUAGACCUGUUCAGAUAAAUACAUAUUUACGUGUG